GUUUCAACAAUCGCAUCCCAUUUCAUGAUACUUGGAGGCGCUUCAGUAGCAGCGAAGCCGAACAGACUCCAGGGAAUUCUUCGAAUGCUUGCCUAAGCUCGUGACUACUAGAGAGUCUGGUACGUAGUAUUUCAAGUUAUGUACUCCGUACAUACUCCGUACCUACUAGUAGUAGUGGUGGUCAGGGUCAUCGCAGUCAUUAUUGCGCCACGUGCUGUCGGCAUCACCAGUCACAUCAUAAUAGUAGUAGAUCAAACGAAGCUUUCUGCAGGAUAUCUAAAGCCAUUGUCCUCCGCUCAGUGAAAUUUCUUGUACUUUGGUUAUUUUAUCAAGCCAUAGUUGGCUUAAGGUGCGGCGGUCUUGUAGUAUCGCGGAUAGUUGCCGGGUUAGACGUGCUUGGUGUUAUA